AUGACGCCACGCCGACCCGGCCGAAGAAACGAACCUCGGACGCGGCCUCGCCUCGGUCGCGGCUUGAUGAGGGCACAAAGGGAGGCUCGCGCCGAACCCGCCAGGCUCGCAGCGCCUUCGGGGCGUCUCAGCCCCGCGCUGGGCUUUCCGAGCGCGGACCGGAGGCGCCCGGCGAUGACGUCACCGCAGUCACCAAUGAAGCCCGGCACCGGCUUCAAGAAACGAGACCGAGGGGACGACGAGGACACCCCUGAAGACAAGCUCGUCAAGAGCCAGAAGAGCAAUGCUAAGCCCCCCCUUACUCUGCCCAUCACCCCUUCUCGGUACGAUGCCCCUUUCCCCUUUUAUCGGAGGCCAGCUGAAGUGGGGCGCUUUUCCCUGGACUCCCAACGUUGUUACCAUGGUGACGCCCGCCAGCUCCGCUACUACGCCCCACCCCCAAUGGAAGGCCCCUCUCCCGGAUUCGACCUGCGCGACGGCUACCGCGAUCGCUAUGUGCAGCGAGAUGAGAGCGUCCGCGAGGGACUGGAGCAUUUGCUGCAGUGGGUCGCUCAGAACCGAAAGCAGCUGCAGGGUGCGGAGGAGAAAGGACAGCUGCUGAACACAGACUUUGUGACGUGGCGGGGGCAUCUCACAAAAGUGCUCACCACCCCCUACGAAAAGCAGGACGGGUGGCUGUUGGCAGUCAGCCUCUUCCGCGGGACCCUCUACGUCAGUGAGUUUGAGACCGAGGCUGCCAAGAGGCAGCGGGAGCAGCGCUCGGAACUGCUGAAGGAGCUCACGUACAUGGGCUACAAGUUCGAGCAUUACAUGUGUGCUGAUACCCCUGAUGGGACUCCUGACCCGACCGGGGUGGUGAACACAAACGAGGGCUUCUGCACAGUUAUCCGGACCCGGUUGGGAACACACUCGCUUCUGUUCUCUGGGGAGGUAGAUUGUACGGACCCCCGAAGCUCCUGGCCAGAUCCACCGAGCUGCUACGUGGAACUAAAGACCAGCAAGGUCAUGCACAGCCCUGCUCAGAGGAGGAGUUUUUACAGGCACAAGAUGAUCAAGUGGUGGGCUCAGUCGUUCCUGCCCGGGGUGUCACGGAUUGUGGCUGGAUAUCGGGGACCGGAUGGCUCUGUGGUGGGACUGGAGACCUUUGAGACCAUGAAGAUAUUCCAGCUCAUCAGGGAAGACCCAGGCUGCUGGAAGCCGGCUGUGUGUAUGAAUUUUUGCGCAGCCUUCCUCAGCUUUGUCAAGAAAGUGGUGACAGAGGACAAUCCAAAGCUGGUUCAUCUCUUCGCUUGGGAGCCAGGGCACCCUGUUUCCUUCAGUGUCCACCACGACUCCGAGUACACGUUCUUGCCCGACUGGUACGUAGAAGCUCUGAGCACGGAGAAGCCCCCCACGCCCCAGAUCCCGGACUGAUGAGCCCCGCCUUG